AUGAGGGAUGACACCCCCAAUAUCAUUGCUGCGGCUGCCAUAACCCUUCCGCUCGCGACCUUGGCACUCGUAGCUCGACUUUUUGCGCGGAAAAUAACAAAGGCUGGAUAUGGCUCCGAUGACGCCUUUGCCGUUGUUGGCUGGCUGGGAUCAUUGGCCUUGUUGACGAAUGGAAUGAUUUGGAUCAAGGAUGGACUUGGAAAACCCAUGGAGGUUGGACUUACCGACGACUUCACCUUUCAAGACAAGAACCGCCUGGCUUGGAUCCAUUUGUGGACGACGAGCUUUACUUACACGUUCGCCAUCGCAUUCUCGAAAUUCGCCGUCCUCGCCUUUUACUGGCGCCUCUUUCAAUUCUCCGACAUCAGAAUACCCAUCCAAGUCCUCUCAUGUGUCACGGUUUCGUGGUUCCUAUUACGAUUGUUCAUGGUAACACUGCAAUGCCUGCCAAUCACAGUAAUGUGGGACGGAACGCAAGAAGAGAAGCACGCAAAAUGCCAUAUCCGCGAAUCGACCUUUUUCUUCUCGACUGUCCUGACGCAUGUUUUGAUCGACUGCGCCAUUCUCAUUCUCCCGGCCAUUGAAGUUGGCAAGCUUCAUCUUCCAAAAGGCCAGAAAUUUGCUGUCAUUGCGCUGUUUGCGUUUGGCGCCAUGACCUGUCUCGCCUCCAUCUUCGUCCUCAUCGAGUCGUUCAAGUUCAAGUCGGAUUCUAAGGAAAUGACGAUACAAAUGGGUCUUCACUAUGCUUGGUCGAUCGCCGAGUGCAACUUUGCUGUAAUUGCUGCUUGCCUUCCAAUGCUUCGACCUGUCGCUCGUAAAGUCCUGCCAGGAUCAUUCCUCACCUCGGAAAGCGGCGGCCGAUCGACUCAGUUCAGCGCCCCGUUCAAUGUCCCAUUCAGCAAUGGCAUCCGACUCACAGGCGUAUCCAAGACGAGAUCCCGCGAGAACGACGGAGGUAGCUCAACGCACGAACUGUCAACAGGCCCGCCAGAUAUAUACGACAUGGCUGAAUGGCCACACGGAACGCAAAAUGAGAUAUCAAGUCCGUUCAGGAAAUACACGUCCGCCAAGGACUAUGAAGCUAGCGAAACGGUUGGUCGCAUAGAUGAAGAGAGAGGCAUUUCCGCACAACGGCGUGACGAUAGCGUAUGA